GGCCUAGCCAGGGAGGGACGCACGUCACUUCCGUUCUGUGGUGGAGAGCGCUGGCGCCGGACGGUGGUGGCGGUUGGUGCGACGGUUGCUGGCAGCCUUCGAGGAACAAUGAGCGACAGCGGGGAGCAGAACUACGGCGAGCGGGAAUCCCGUUCUGCUUCCAGAAGCGGAAGUGCUCAUGGGUCCGGCAAGUCUGCAAGGCACACUCCUGCAAGAUCUCGAUCCAAGGAGGACUCCAGGCGAUCCAGGUCAAAAUCUAGAUCCAGGUCUGAAUCUAGAUCUAGGUCAAGGAGGAGUUCUCGUAGACACUAUACAAGAUCACGCUCUCGUUCCCGCUCUCACAGGAGGUCCAGGAGCAGGUCUUACAGUCGGGAUUAUCGACGACGACACAGUCACAGCCAUUCCCCUAUGUCUACUCGUAGGCGUCAUGUUGGAAACAGGGCAAAUCCUGACCCAAACUGUUGUCUCGGUGUGUUUGGAUUGAGCCUAUACACCACAGAAAGGGACCUGAGAGAAGUGUUCUCCAAGUAUGGCCCAAUUGCUGAUGUUUCCAUUGUGUAUGACCAGCAGUCUCGGCGUUCAAGAGGAUUUGCAUUUGUGUAUUUUGAAAAUGUUGAUGAUGCAAAGGAGGCUAAAGAGCGUGCCAAUGGAAUGGAACUUGAUGGGAGAAGAAUCCGGGUAGAUUUUUCCAUAACAAAAAGGCCUCACACCCCUACACCUGGAAUCUACAUGGGGAGACCAACUUAUGGCAGCUCCCGACGAAGAGAUUACUAUGACAGAGGGUAUGACAGAGGAUAUGAUGAUCGUGAAUAUUACAGCAGAUCUUAUAGAGGAGGUGGUGGAGGAGGAGGAGGAGGAGGAGGAUGGAGAGGUGCCCAAGACAGGGAUCAGAUCUACAGGAGAAGAUCACCAUCCCCAUAUUACAGCCGAGGAGGUUACAGAUCUCGCUCCAGAUCUCGAUCCUAUUCACCUCGUCGCUAUUAAAACAUGAAGUUUAGAGGAAUUUCUAACUACAGCCCUUGAGCUGGGAUCGCAGAUAUGUGGACAAUAUUUUUAUUGUCUAUUCUGUUUAAAAAGCGAGCAGUGCCUAGGGAAUAGGUGACUUUUACACCUUUUAUGAAGACUACUUUUUGGUGAAGUUAAAAUGCUGUUUCAUUCUGCAUAUCUGUGUAGUUUGGUGCUUUGUUCAAAGUUGUGUUUUUGAGAGGAGUAUGUUUUGCAUGUAUUUUUUUAGUCAGAAUUUUGACUGCUGAAAGGUUUCUAUUAUACAAAACUGUUCAUUUAAAGUUUUUUCUACUGAUUCCAGGAUAUUCUGAAGAUCAAACCUGUGUAAAAUGCUUUCAAAUGGUAAAAAAUAAUAAACAGUUUGAUUUUUACUUCCCAAA